AAAAAUAUACAUCUUCUCUUUACGUUAUGUAACUGUUUAUCUAUUAUGAUAGGAAGUAUUCAUGCCUGUAAUCUGUCGAGAGGAAGAUAACAAAAGGCCAUUGCAUUCAGUAUUGUUUCCUCCGUGGGAAAGUUUAAUUCAUCGCUGUUUGCCCAGGUAAAUAUGAGGAAGAAUUAAAGCACCCCCUUAUUCUCGUUUGAACGAACGAAAAAAACCUUCCCGAUAAAAUUGUCCUGGGUUUGUGAAUUGUCGGAAGCAUAAAGUCGUUAAAAUGUCGGUGCGUAGGGGAGGAAAGAAUUAACGGUUUCCCCGAUUGAUCAAGAAGUGUAUGUGUGUGGGAGUGUGGGACACCUGUGGAUAUUCAGUAGUGUCCGACUAAAACCGAACUGGUCAGGAUGGAGAUGGACGACUGUGCGAAAACUCCACUGAAUUCUGAUAAUCCUUCGCCCUCUUUACAGAAAACUUCAGUGAAUUCUAAUGGUGUAAUGCGUUCUUCACCGAAUUGUAAUGAUUCCACGGACUCUCCAAAGUCAAACCAAAGACGAAAGUCCAAGAUUUUGAUAUUUUCUUUCUUGGCCAAUGUGUUCCUGUUGGGAUUAAUUUUCUGUUGGGUGAUUCUUCAGAUGGUUAGGGACAGCUGUGACACGAGGGGUGACCCCCAGGGACACGUGCCCCCGGCGACAUCAGCCCUUGACGAUGUGUUUUAUUCGUGUUCACCAUGUUCACCAAUGAUGAAGGCCGAGAAUGCAGACGUCUUGCACAUGAACACGGGCAAUUCCUCAUACAUGUGUUGUAAAAUGAUCAAAAAGGACCUUAAGUUAGAGGUACCAAACACAGGUCAACUAUUGGAGGAGUGCCGGGCCAAAGCAGGUGAUAACAGUUCUGUCGGGGCACUCCUGUACAUCAAAACAGAAAAAUGUAGCAAAGGUGCGUCAGGAUUGCACUGGUCACAAUUGAAUGGUUCGUCCUACAUAAAAGGUGGAAUAAAAUAUGAAGACAUGAUAAACUAUGGCAAACUCAUUGUCCCUAGUGCUGGAAUAUACGUAGUCUACAGUUACAUACAGUUUGACUCUUACACAGGGGAAACUACUCUAGACAAGACAAAGCCAGCCAUGCAUGCUAUAUACAAAAAUGGCAAAGACCUUGUACACAUGAACAAGUUUAUGUUGCGGCAACACAGUUACACCAGAAGUCAAGUGGGGCCAAUUUUUGUGCCCUUAAAGGCUAGUGAUGAACUUCAUGUUGCAGUCAGCAAUGCAAAGAUUAUUUAUAAUGACCAGCAAUCAAGUGUUUUUGGUAUUAAUAAGUUGUGAGUUAAUAUUUGAUGUUAACAUGAGAUUAAGAAACAAGAUGGAGUCUGUCCCUCACAAAAUCUAAAUCCAGUGCAAUAAAAGGGGCAGAAACUUUCAUGGCUCAGGAUUGUCCCUAAGAAUUGAAAUAGCACUAACAGGGGACAUUUAAAAAGAAGGAGGGGUCCUCCCCUAAAAGAAUGCAUGUUGAGGGCAAAUGCCAGAAUAACUAAGGGACUGUGUCAUUAUUAAUGGGAAAAACCCCUGACCAAAAAAAUUUAGAAACAACUAUGUGGUUAAAUAUAUAUAUUAAAAAAGAAACAGUUUGCCUAUCAUUGAGACCAAGUUUCUUCAGUUGGCCCCUCCAUGAUCUACUUUCUUUACUUGACCCUUCAUUAUGAACUAGUUUCUUCUAUACUGCCAUUCAUUAUAACCUAUAAUAGUUUCUUCAGUUGGUCUCACUAUAACUUUGUUUCUUUAGUUGGCCCAUCCAUCAUUAUGAACAACAUGUUAACCUUUCAUUAUGACCUAGUUUCUUCAGUUGGCCUUUCAUGUUAUUAGCCCAGUUUCUCUUAAAUUAUUGUCAUAUUUGCAACCUAAUAAUAAUAUUGUACUUAAUAGCUUGUACAUGUAUUUGCAAUGCAAUCUACCCUCAUUUUUCAGAACUUUUGCCCAAGCACUCACAGCCCCCCCCCUUUUAAAAUUGUUUUCAUCUUUCUAUAAAAUACACAAUGUACAGACUUCUAAGUAUUAUAAAGGGUUUUUUUAGGAUAAUAUACAGGUAUUAACCAGAUACUCCUAUUUUAUGGUAUAACUUUUUGCUGAGAUCAAAGCAAAACUGCAAUACAGAAAACACAGAUUCUUUUGAAAUAAACAAAUCAAUUUUCUUUUCUUUUUUUCAUUGAAGAUGAACUUAAAAUCAUUGACAUAUCUUUAUAGAUCAUACCAUUGUGACUCAUUUUACAGUGUUAUGAAAUUGGCUUACAUAUUUUUAUACAAUUUUUAGUUUUAUUUUACCCAAGUGCAGUAUUUUUCACAUUUUAUACUCUAAAGACCCAAUCAAAAUGCACUUCAUUCAUGUAAAAACUACAUUUAUAAUAAUUUAUUUAUUUAUUGCUUUCAUGCAUUCAUUUAAUAUUUGCUCUGUUUCUACAGAAAUAUGUUUAAUACAUGUACUGCCAAUGUCUGCCAUGUAUAUUAAUAUGUAAAAAAAACAUUUCCUUUUUGUAAAUGCAUUAUUUGUCAGCACAAUCAAACUUGAAAUUAUAAUACUUUUUACAAUGUAUUCAGCAAAGAUAUUCCGACCACAGCAAUGAUUUUGAAUUGCUGUAAAUAUAUGUAUAUAUGCUGUUACAAUAAAAUCUUUUGAAAAUGA